AUGAAGACGGGAACUUUAACCCAGAAUCGUAUGAUUGUAUCACACAUUUGGGCCAAUAAUUCUGUAAUCAAUUCGGAAAACUUCUACAGACAUUCAGAUGGCUACAAAGCGGAUUUGGAUUCGCCGGCGUGGAGGGCACUCAUCAGAAUUGCUUGUCUUUGCAAUAAGGCUGAGUUCAGUGCAGCUCAGGCUAGCCUUCCACCUCUAAAAAGAGAAGCAAUUGGCAAUUCAACGGAUGUGGCAUUACUUAAAUAUAUGGAAAUAAUAAUCGGUUGUGUAGAGAGUUAUCGUCUAAAAUAUCCCAAAAUUUUUGAGAUUCUUUUUAAUUCUAAUGUAAGACAUUCGCUAACUAUAAACAAAUUUAGUGGAGGUUUUUGGUUAUGUAUGAAAGGAGCGCCUGAAGUGAUAUUUGACAGGUGCUCCACAAUUCUAGUUAUGGGCAAAAUUAGACCAUUUGAUCACAAAUACAAAUCAUAUUUCAAACAUAUUCUUGAAGAAUUUGGCAGUUUUGGAGAGCGUGUUAUUGCAUUUUGUGAUACAUAUCUUCCAUAUAAUGAAUAUCCAACGGAUUAUACUUUUGACUACGAAUUAGAGAAUUAUCCGACAAAAGACUUGAGAUUUGUUGGUUUAAUAUCUCUUAAUAAUCCUCCGCGAGCUUCAGUUCCCGAUUCGGUACACAAAUGUAGAAGCGCUGGAAUCAAGAUCAUAAUGAUUACCGGCGAUCACCCAAUCACUGCCAAAGCUAUCGCCACAGCUGUCGGAAUUAUCCCGGAUGACAAACAAACUAUGGAUGAAAACUAUAGAUUUGGUGUACGAGAUAUUCACGAAAACGAUGAAUUCACAUCUCCUGUAAUCACUGGAACACAGUUUCAAAGGCUAAGUGAUCAGCAUUUGAAUCAUAUAUUAAGUAGUGAUACGAAUAUAGUGUUCGCCAGAAUGACUCCCAACCAAAAUAGUGAUACGAAUAUAGUGUUCGCCAGAAUGACUCCCAACCAAAAACUGAUUAAGUGCUGCAGAAAUAAGAAAUCUGUGAACGCCGUGACUGGAGGAGACGUGUUUGAAAACGCGGACAUCCAUAUAGCGAUGGGAAUGACUGGAAGUGAUAUGAGUAAGCAGAGGGCAGAUAUCAUACUCCUUGACGAUGACUUCGCGUCGAUUGUGUCGGGAAUAGAAGAGGGAAGAGUUAUAUUUGAUAAUUUGAAGAAAUCCAUUUGCUACACAUUGUCUUCAAAAACUCCUAUUAUUUGUCCAUUUCUUUUAUACCUAUUGAUAGACAUUCCGUUGCCUUUGGGCUCAAUAACAAUAUUAUGCAUUGAUUUGAUUACUGAUAUGAUACCUGCCAUCUCUUUGGCGUAUGAAUUCCCAGAAUAUGAUAUCAUGAAAUACAAACCAAGAGAUCCUAUAAUUAAUAAGUUAGUUAAUAAAAGACUUUUAUUUCUAUCAUAUGCUCAAUUGGGAGUCUUUGAACUUUUUGGAGGACUGUUCACUUAUUUAGUAAUUAUGAAUGAGAAUGGUUUCAAUUUAAGUUAUUUGUUAGGCAUAAGAAAGCUUUGGGAUUCUAUGGCUAUCAAUGAUUUAAUGGAUUCAUAUGGUCAGGAAUGGACAUAUAAUAGGCGAAAAGCACUGGAAUAUACGUGUCAUACGGCCUUCUUUGCAGCCGUUGUCAUCACUAAAUGGUCGGCACUUAUCUGCUGUAAAACCCGAAGAAUUUCAAUAAUAAAACAAAAAAUGAAGAACGAUGUGUUGACUUUCUCGUUAUUUUUUGAGUUGGGUUUGGCUGUAUUCCUAUCCUACUGUCCCGGACUCGACAGAGGCAUCAAUUUGUAUCCAUUAAAAUUGUACUGGUGGUUCUGUUCCAUACCUUUCGCUAUUUUAAUGAUUAUUUUUGAUGAAUUAAGAAGAUUUCUAUUAAGACGGUAUCCCAACGGUUGGGUAGAAAAUGAAACAUUUUAUUAA